GAUUAUGCGGAUGUCAUAGCAACAAGUAUAAACUGAAUCGUGGCAACUUCCCUUCCAGCUCGUCGGCUGGAGAAGCACAGGCAGAGCUGCUAAAUGGUUCUAUGCUCAGAAAUUCAGCUUUUUUGAGGGGCAGAGAGAUACAAGAAAGAGUUUCAAUUAUGAACCAGGAGAAGAAUGAGUUCCCAGAUUUUUCCUGCAUCUGCGAGUUGUGCAACUGUGGGCUACACAAACAGCACAAAGGCUGCAGGAGGAAGAAUGGAGUAUCUAGGACUGGCCAAGGCUUCCAAAACCAUUUGCUCAGCCACUACAAGUCCACUUUCACUUGGCCCCGUGGUUCACUGCUCUAUCCAGACCAAGAAGAGAAAAUGGAGACAACAACAAAGAAGGAUUUUCUUCCCAAAAGCGGAGGCAGGCAGGAGCCACACAUUUAUGAAAGCAAUUUGAAACUUGAAGGACAGAGGCAUUUCGUGACCACCCACCAUGUGGAAUACAAACCACAUCCAUUAGAGGGCGCCCCACCAGUGAGGAGGAGAAAAGCACCUGGCAGGAUAACACCACCCAAGAGGGGUCUGGGGGAAUUCAUCACUAAUUACAGCUGUGAUUUUCCCUCAAAAGAACACACCCCCCACAGGAGAAACCCAUCCACACCCCCUCCCGACAACCUUGCAAUAAACCAGACGCUAAGGCAAGAACCCAACACCAGCUUUAAGAUUGUUACUAAUCAUCUUCAAACAAAAAAUACCUGA